GAUGGCUUGGGUCCAAAUGUGGCCCCCAGGGACUCCCCCCAGUUGGACGCUUGAUCUUUUGCGCAUACCCCUCACACACAUGGCUGGAGUACAUGAGAUCUGAGAGAGACGUCCCCGCCGCCAUCGCCUGACGACAUCGUAAGCGAUAACAUAUUUUUUUCUGAUCCAAGUUGCAUUGUAUCGUUUCUGUCUCUGCCGGUCACCAGUCGCGUAGAAAGGAGACUCCGAGAUCCAACAUGUCUGCCAACCACGCCCUCGUCUUCGGUGCCAGUGGCAUCACGGGAUGGGCCAUCACCAACCAGAUCCUCAACGGCUAUCCUACGCCCGACGCCUUUGCCUCGGUCACCGCGCUCACAAACCGGCCGCUGAGCCCGGAGGCGGCGCAAUGGCCCCAGUCCUCCAAGCUGCAGGUCGUCAGCGGCGUCGACAUCUUGAACCCGAAGGGUCAGGAGGCGCUUGAGGCCGAACUGAAGGAGAAGGUCAAGAACAUCAAGGACGUGUCACAUGUCUAUUUCUUCGCGUACAUUAUGGAUCCGGACCCGGCCAAGGAGAUCAGCAUCAACGUCGAGCUGAUCUCGCGGGCCAUCAAGGCAGUCGAGCAGGUCUCUCCCAACCUCAAGUUCGUGGUCCUCCCGACGGGCACCAAGGCGUACGGCGUGCACCUGCUGGACAAGUUCCCGUUUGCCAACGACCUCCCGCUGAGCGAGACGCUGCCGCGGAUACCGGAGCCGUACGCGUCCGAGAUGUUCUACUACAGCCAGACGGACAUGCUCUCGUCCAUGUCGCGCGGCAAGGCGUGGACGUGGUGCGACAUCAUCCCGGACAUGAUCGUCGGCUUCGUGCCCAACAACAACAUAUACUGCCUCGCCCAGGCCCUGUCCCUGUACCUGUCGCUGUACGCGCACAUCAACGGCCCGGGCGCCGAGGUCGCCUUCCCCGGCACCGAGGUCUCGUGGCGGAAUCUGAGCAACGACAGCAGCCAGGACGUGUGCGCAAAGGUGGCCAUCGUCGCCUCGCUGCACCCGGAGAAGUCUUCGGAGCAGCGGUACAACGCCGCCGACAACGCCCAGCCGUCGACGUGGAGCGCAAAGUGGCCGAUAAUUUGCGACUACUUUGGCCUCAAGGGCACGCCGCCGCCGCCGGGGGGGUCCGGUCCCGAGCCAGCGGCCUACCUGGCCGAGCACGGGGAGGAGUGGAAGGUGCUGGAGAGGAAGCAUGGGCUCGUGACGGGGCGCGUCGGCAAUGGCAGGAGCUACGGCGGGUUCCCGUACUUUAUCAUGACGAUGCUCAACUUUGACAGGCAGAUGGACUUGACCAAGUGCCACGAGAUGAUGGGCGACCUGGCCGAGAAUGUUGAUACUAAGACGGCGUGGUACACGGCGUUUGAUCGGUUCAAGAAGGCCAAGAUCAUCCCGUAGUUUUCUUUGCUAGCAGCUUUUUGGUAUAUAACUUGUAGCUCAUACAGAACGAGAGAGUGAGGGGGGGAAAGAAGUGCAUACAUGUUCAUAUCCCGCGGUCCUUUCCGCGACGCAGACUGAUCUGAAAACAAACGUCGAAGAUGUCUCAC